CUGGUUUUGCUGGGUAUAAAGCCCCAGUGAGCCCCUCUCCACCCCAUCCCUCUCCUGGCAGUGCCUUGGGCAGGGGCAAUGGCCGAGCUGCCCAUUGCAGAGCUGCCCCCGGCCCGCUGCAGUGGCCGUUUCACCAUCAGCACCCUCCUGGGCACGGAGGAAGGUGGUCGGGGUCCCUAUGUGCCCACUGAGAGCUCCAGCUGCGACAGCGCCCAGCCCACCCAGCUCUCAGGCAGCACUCUCUGCACCAGGACCUUCGGCUACAACACGAUGGACGUCGUGCCCGCCUAUGAGCACUAUGCCAACAGCAAGGGGGUGGGAGACACCAGGAAGGCUAGGCCCUCCCUGGCGGACCUGCACUCCAUCCUCAAGCCAGACCCAGGCCACCUCUGUGCGCCCGUGUCCGACCCACAGCGGAGCAAUGGGCUGACAGAGGCCAGCCCAGAGGCAUCAGUGGAGCCAGGCACAGCCCCUGCACCAGAGCCCGUCCGCUUCGGCUGGGUGAAGGGUGUGAUGAUCCGCUGCAUGCUGAACAUAUGGGGAGUCAUCCUCUACCUGCGCCUGCCCUGGAUCACUGCCCAAGCAGGAAUCGCUCUGACGUGGCUCAUCAUCCUGAUGUCUGUGACAGUGACCACUAUCACCGGCUUGUCCAUCUCUGCCAUAUCCACCAACGGCAAAGUGAAGUCAGGUACCGUGUGUGUGUGUCCUGGUAUGGGCCACGAGGGGAAGGGGGGGCCCAAAAACACGCUGGGGAGGCAGCAAACACCACGGGGUGCUUCCACUGCCUCAGGAGGCACCUACUUCCUCAUCUCACGGAGCCUUGGGCCGGAGCUGGGCGGCUCCAUCGGGCUGAUCUUCGCCUUUGCAAACGCGGUGGCUGUGGCCAUGCACACCGUGGGCUUCGCUGAAACCGUCCGGGACCUGCUGCAGGAGCACAAUUCUCUCAUCGUGGACCCCACCAAUGACAUCCGCAUCAUCGGGGUGGUCACCGUGACGGUGCUGCUGGGCAUCUCUCUGGCUGGCAUGGAGUGGGAGGCCAAGGCACAGAUACUGUUCUUCCUGGUCAUCUUGGUGUCCUUCAUAAACUACCUGGUGGGCACGGUGAUCCCUGCCACCACCGAGAAGCAAGCGAAGGGCUUCUUCAGCUACCGAGCCGACAUCUUUGCCCAGAACUUUGUGCCCAACUGGCGGGGACCUGAGGGCUCCUUUUUCAGCUUGUUUUCCAUUUUCUUCCCAUCGGCAACCGGCAUCCUGGCUGGGGCCAACAUUUCAGGUGACCUGAAGGAUCCUGCUGUGGCCAUCCCUAAGGGCACCUUGAUGGCCAUCUUCUGGACCACCUUGUCUUACCUGGUGCUUUCUGCUACGAUUGGCGCCUGCGUGGUCCGGGAUGCCUCAGGCAGCCUCAACGACAGCGUGGUGCUGGGUUCGCCGGGCUGCGAGGGGCUGGCCUGCACUUUCGGGUGGAACUUCACCGGCUGCACCCAGCGGCAGAGCUGCCGAUACGGGCUCAGCAACUACUAUCAGAGCAUGAGCAUGGUGUCCGGGUUUGGCCCCCUCAUCACAGCAGGGAUCUUCGGUGCUACCCUCUCCUCGGCACUGGCCUGCCUCGUCUCAGCCCCCAAAGUCUUUCAGUGUCUCUGCAGGGACCAGCUCUACCCUCUCAUAGGCUUCUUUGGGAAGGGCUACGGGAGAAACAGUGAGCCCAUCCGCGGCUACAUGCUCACCUACGUCAUUGCUGUGGGCUUCAUCCUCAUCGCUGAGCUCAACGCCAUCGCCCCCAUCAUCUCCAACUUCUUCCUCUGCUCCUACGCGCUCAUCAACUUCAGCUGCUUCCACGCCUCCAUCACCAACUCCCCAGGCUGGCGACCCUCCUUUCGGUAUUACAGCAAGUGGGCUGCGCUCUUUGGGGCUGCCAUCUCAGUGGUGAUCAUGUUCCUGCUGACCUGGUGGGCGGCCCUCAUUGCCUUUGGCAUUGUCAUCUUCCUCCUGGGAUACGUCCUCUACAAAAAGCCAGAUGUCAACUGGGGCUCCUCCAUGCAAGCCAGCUCAUACAACAUGGCCCUCAACUACUCAGUGGGGCUGAGUGAAGUGGAUGAGCACAUCAAGAACUACAGGCAAGGGUGCCUGGUGCUCACCGGCCCUCCCAAUUUCCGCCCAGCCCUGGUCGACUUUGUGGGGACCUUCACCAAGAACCUCAGCCUGAUGCUCUGCGGCAACGUGGUCAUUGCCCCACGGAAGCAGAAGAUGCCAGAUUCCCGGCUGACGGCAGACGGCCACACCAGGUGGCUUAUGAAGAGAAAGAUCAAGGCUUUCUAUACAGAUGUGGUGGCUGAGAAUCUGAGAAGUGGCGUCCAAAUGCUCAUCCAGGCUGCUGGCCUUGGGAAGAUGAGACCCAACAUCCUGGUGCUGGGCUACAAGAGGAACUGGCGAACAGCAUCCCCACAGAGCCUGGAGGACUACGUGGGCAUCCUGCACGACGCCUUUGAUUUCAAGUAUGGUGUGUGCUUGUUGAGGAUGAAGGAAGGGCUGAAUGUUUCCCGAGUUCUGCAGGCACACAUGGAUCCCACCACCUUGGCCUGUGAGCAGCAGGCGAGCACCAUCUUCCAGAGCGAGCAGGGCAAGAAGACCAUUGACAUUUACUGGCUCUUCGAUGAUGGAGGUCUCACGCUGCUCAUCCCCUACCUCAUGGGGCGUAAGAAGCGGUGGGGAAAGUGCAAAAUCCGUGUGUUUGUUGGUGGGCAGAUCAACAGGAUGGACGAGGAAAGGAAGGUGAUUGUCUCUCUGCUGAGCAAGUUCCGCCUCGGCUUCCAUGAUGUCCACAUCCUCCCUGACAUCAACCAGAAACCCCGGCCAGAGCACAUCAAGAGGUUUGACGACCUCAUAGCUCCCUUCAGGCUAAACGAUGGCUUCAAGGAUGAGGCCAUAGUGAACGAGAUGAGGCAGGGCUGUCCCUGGAAGAUUUCUGACGAGGAGGUUGAUAAGAACAGAGUGAAGUCGCUUCGACAAGUGAGGCUGAAUGAGAUUUUGCUGGAUUACUCGCAGGAUGCAGCACUCAUAGCCAUCACGCCACCUGUCGGCAGGAAGGGCUGCCCCAGCUCCCUCUACAUGGCCUGGCUGGAGACCCUCUCGCAGGACCUGAGACCCCCUGUCAUCCUUAUCCGAGGCAAUCAAGAGAACGUGCUGACCUUUUACUGCCAAUAAAGCCUCCUGGAUCCCUGCUGACUCGGGGUGUGAAUCUGUCAGGCCAGUUCUGAUCUCAAGAGCACACAUGCCUGGGGUUAGGGGAGCAGUGAAGUCAUCUGGUUACCAGCUUCUGGGAACUGCUAACUGCACACAGCUGCCAUCCUCUUCCAAAGCCUUGUUUUGCCAAACUCAGUCUUUGUAGGCUGCAUAUAGAUAUAUAAUAGUGCAGGCAUUGCUCUGGCCCUGGGUUUAGCCAGAGCCAUGCAGAUGAGGUGUGGGGUCCCAUUUCGAGAGCAUGAAGGGGACAGUCACUGACUUCCACUGCCCUUUGAGAGCCUGAGGGUGUACAGGGAUUGACCCACAGUCCGGCAAAGCCACCAUCCAAGGGUGUGAACUGCCCUGGGGGGGCAGGAGUGGGUCAGCACCAAGCCCAGGGGGUGCAGGGACCCUGCAUGUCUGCUCAGGGAAGGGAGCUCCUGGCUCCGAAACAGGCUGAGCACAUCCUGAGAGCAGAGCAGCAGUGAGAUGCCAUGUCAGGCUGCAGUGCCUGGCUGCAGGAGUGAGUCAAGCUCCUAAGGGAGACAAAAUUAACCACCAGAACCAGAGCAUUCUGGGUGCGGAUGGCCCAGAGUGAGGCAGUAGCAAGGCUCGUUUCCACCACAACCCGGGCCCCCUUGUCAUACUGAAGCAGAAACACACAACUUUGUUCACCUCGAUGGUUAUAGAAUUUACUGAUAAUCAUCACCAGGAUUAGAAGGGUCAGUAGAAAAAUAAAAUUUACAG